UUUUGUGUUACGGGCCGAGCCUGACUCGCUCCGAGCCGACGCAAACUCGGGCCGAGCCCAAAAGUUCGAGCUGAGCGUCCAGAUUUAGUCAUGUGCCACUUCCCUCAAUCGCACGUGCUAAACCGAACUGUGUGGAAAGCCCCAUCUUGACGCUAGCUGCAUCCUUAGAGCAUGGUUAAUAAUAUAGCCAACUGCUGGCUAUAUGAUAUUACCAUGUCAUAUAUAGCCAUCACUUAUAGUCACUCAUACAAUAAGGUUAGUUAUUAGGUUAAAUAUACCAGUACUACUCUUUCUCACAUACUUUCUAUCUCUUUCUUCAUAUUUAUUGUAUCGACUUAGGAGUCCACAUAUAGCUAGCUAGAAUCUUGCAUGAGAGCACACUCCCCUUAAUUUUUCAUGUCUCUCUCCUCCACAUAGGCUAAAUUGCCAUGUAAGCGGACUAUAAGCAUGCUAUUAUACUUACUCUUAUCCGACUUAUUACAAAUAAAAAAGUCUUUAACAUGCUUGUUUGGCCGUUACUUUUUCAGACACAUGGAAAUCAUUGGAAACGAUCACAACCAGAAUAUUAUUAAUACAUGACAAGUGCAAUAUUAUUAUUUUCACCUUAAUAUUCGAUAUAUUUAGCUUUUGAUGAACCUAAUUGAUCAGAUCCAUCAAUGCGACGGGCAUUCAUAAUUUUACUACACAUGUGAUUACGAGCUGCAAAACUAGUUUGCUAGGACUUUGGUUAUCUAGCUUUGCUUCACAUGCCCAUAUUCUGCACCUUGCUGCAAGUGUAAACUGAAAGCUGGAGGCUAAGUUAAACAACACUUACUUCAGAUCUGCAGUGUCCAUAAGGAGGUGCAGACAUGGAUCCCAUUCAAACUCUGGUAGAUCCUCACCAACCAAAAAAAAAAACCCGCCAGUGUGAAUAGGUGCUAGGUAAUUUGAAUGGCAACUAGCCAAGUGGCCGGCAUGCUUUCCAAGGUUUAGCACGUGUGACUGACGCAACUAGCCAUGCAAUCAAGUGACACAUGAAUAACCUAUAAACCAAUUGGGCGCUAGGUAAUUUUGGCAACUAGCCAUGCAAGUGGCACAUGAUGAAUUAACCUAUAAAUCACUUGGCCAUGCAAGUUGCACCUCCUUGUGAACGCUGCUGAUCUGAAGCAAGAAUCGAUGAGCUUAGCCUCAGCUCUCAAUCUAAGCAUAUCUGUUGAAGCAUCUUUCUCCUUGGACCUGUACCGGCUAUAAAUGUACUCCCUAGUAACACCCUUUGUGCCACCAUCCUAGUGAAGCAGCUUGCCCACCAGUCACCACCACAUCCUCCAUUCUCCUUAGCGUACGUCUUGAGAUCCAAGGAGCUAUCAAGCAAUGGCGCAUCUGCGGCUCCACGGCACCAUCAAUGCUACCAUCAUGGGGGCCGACAACAUCCAUGAUCGCUCCCGCCACACCGGCAUCGUCGCCAGCUUCCUUGGCAAUAUUGUGCAAGGUGUGCAGGAGACGACGGGUUUGGGCAAGGGCCUGUCGCGGAUGUACGCGGCCAUCUACCUCGGCAGCGCGUGCAUCGCGCGGACGCGUACCAUCGCCAUCCCUGCAGCCGGAAGCGCGCGAUGGAACGAGCCGCUCCGCGCCUACUGCGCCCACCACGCCGCCGACGUCGUCAUCUCCAUCAUGAUCGAGCAGCUCGGCCUCGACGAUGACACGGUCCUCGGCCGCGCCUACCUGCCCGCCCGGGAGCUCCUCAAUGCCAAUGGCACAACAAUCGACCGCUGGUUCGACGUCCUUGGCACGGACAGGACGAAGCUCCCGGAUGGACCCAAGAUACACGUGCAGAUCAGCUUCUGCGAUGUCGCUGACCAAGGCCUGGCGUGGGGCGGCGGAGUCGGCGGCGGCGUGGUGCCCCACACCUUCUUCGCGCAGAGGCCGGGGUGCAGGGUCACCCUGUACCAGGACGCGCACGCGUCUGAGGAGUUCGACCCCAAGAUCCGGCUCGACGGUGGCGGGCUCUACAAGCCCGGGCACUGUUGGGAAGACAUAUACGACGCCAUCAGCAACGCACGGCACCUCGUGUACAUCACGGCCUGGUCCAUGUUCCCCCACAUCACGCUGGUGCGGGGCCGGGACGGCGUGCAGGAAACCCCCGGCGAGCUCCUGAAGCGCAAGGCCGGCGAGGGCGUGCACGUGCUCCUGCUCGUGUGGAACGACAUCUCCUCCAUUGAUGGCCUGCACGAGGUCGGCGUCAUGGACACGAGGGACCAGCUGACGGCCAAGUACUUCCGCGGCAGCCGCGUGCAGUGCGUCCUCUGCCCGAGGAACUGGUCCGUCAGAGGCUACAUCUUGGACGCCAAGACGCCUGUCGACACGGUCGUUUACAGCCACCACCAGAAGGCCAUCACCGUCGACCAGGAGCUACCUGCUUCGUCGGGGUCGAACGGGCACCGCCAGAUCGUCAGCUUCCUCGGCGGCCUCGACGUGUGCAAUGGACGCUACGACACGCAGUCCCACUCCCUGUUCAGGACGCUGGGCACGGGGCAGGCGCACAGCAAUGACUUCAGCCAAAUCAACUUCAGUGACGAGGACGCGACGCUCGACAAGGGCGGGCCCAGGACGCCAUGGCACGACAUCCACGCCAAGGUCGAGGGCGCCGUGGCAUGGGACGUGCUCCACAAUUUCGAGCAGCGGUGGAGGAAACAAGGCGGCGGCAAGGAGCACCUGGUCGACCUUGUAGCCCUCGAGGGCAAGGUCGCUCCGUCCUCAUGGCCGGUGACGCUCCCCGGCGACCAGGAGGCGUGGAGUGUGCAACUGUUCCGGUCCAUCGACAGCAUCUCCACCUUGGGCUUCCCCGACUCCAUGGAGGAUGCCUAUGAGGCCGGCCUCGUCCAAGACAAGCACCGAGUGUUCGAGAGGAGCAUCCAGGACGCCUACAUCCACGCCAUACGCGCCGCAAAAAGCUUCAUCUACAUUGAGAACCAGUACUUCGCCGGCAGCUCCUUCCAGUGGAAAACCCACGACGGCAUAGACCCGGCAGAUGUCGGGGCGUGUCAGCAGAUCCCCAGGGAGCUCUCACUCAAGAUCGUGAGCAAGAUAGAGGCCGGCGAACGCUUCGCGGUCUAUGUCGUGGUGCCCAUGUGGUCGGAAGGCACCCCUACGGGGCGAUACAGGCAGGCAAUGCUGGACAACCAAAGAAGGACAAUGGCCCUAAUGUAUGACGACAUCGCCGUUGCGCUGCAGGCCAAGAAGAUCGACGCCAACCCCAGGGACUACCUUACCUUCUUCUGCUUAGGGAACCGGGAGGCCAAGAGUGAGGGCGAGCACCAGCCCGCGAAACACCCAAAGGAUGGGACGGACUACGCCAGGGCGCAGAAGGCACGCCGGUUCAUGAUCUACGUUCACUCCAAGAUGAUGAUAGUUGAUGACGAGUACAUCAUUGUGGGAUCUGCCAACCUCAACGAGCGGUCCAUGGCGGGGGACAGGGACAGCGAGAUAGCUAUUGGCGCGUACCAGCCGCACCGCAUCAACACCGAUGCCGAGCUCGCCAAGGGGCACGUCCAUGGCUUCCGGAUGUCGCUGUGGUACGAGCACCUCGGCAAGACGCACGACGACUUCCUCCGCCCGGGGAGCCUAGAGUGCGUGCGGAUGGUCAACAAGAUGGCCGAUGAGUGCUGGAACCUCUACGUCGGCGACCAGCUCAAGGACGACCUCCCAGGCCACCUCCUCACCUACCCCGUCGCCGUAAGCAAGGCCGGCACGGUCUCGACGCUCAAGGGGUUUGAAUUCUUCCCUGACACGAAGGCUCGCGUGCUUGGUAAGCCGACUGGAAUAAGUGACUAUUUUAUGAGCAUAUAGAUCCAGGUUUGCUGCUCCUAGUCCUAGCUAGUGUUGCUUAAUCCUGGCACCUCAGCUGUCUUAGUUAGGAUCUAGUGAUUUUCUUAAAAUUGUUUCCCAUUUUCUGUUAGCUAGUUUGCUAGCGUGAGCCCCGAUUUGUGCGAGCGAGCUGCUCGCAUGUUCUGAGUCCUUGGGAUGGCGCGGAGAGAUCGGACAUGAGCACGAUCAGCACGAUCGUUUUCUCUUUGAAUAAAUGGUGGAAGAAAUCAAAAACGUUGCAGACAUUUAUGCAGCGCAAAAACACUCUCUUGAGAUCUCUAUGUAUACAUUGUCCUCGCCGUAGUUCAUAGCUUCGACCAACAGCUAGAUAGUGGCAUGUUAUCUUCACCUAGCUGUUCAUGUCCUGUUUUAACCACAGGAGAAACAAUAUGUAAUUGAGUUUGAUUGUGAACUUUAUUCGAAUAAAAUUUCAUUCUAGCCCA